CCUGGUGCAGCAAAGAGGUUCUCCUUCUGCAAGGCAUUUGCUGGACUCCUGAAAAACUAUUUUGAAUAACAUGGCAGAGAAGGAUUUCAUCAGUUGGCAUCUACUGGCUUUAUUUUUUCUUCCAUUUUGCCUGUGUCAAGAUGAAUACAUGGAGGUGAGCAGAAGAUCUUAUAAACCAGUGGCCAAAGUAUUGCAAAGUCACCACCAGACUGGCCAUAAAGGUUCCAGAAGCAGGGAAAUAUUGAAACAGCGGAGUCAACUUAUAGAGUGGACUGUUGAUAAUAGCACUUCUACAGACCAAAAAGUCCUGAGACCAGAGGUAGAUGAUGUAGAACUGACUACCUCAGAUAGAGUCCAGCCCCCACAAACCGGACCGCAGAAUCCAGACUGUAGUUCCUGCUGCCGUGGUGACUUUGGAGUUCGACUCUACCAAGGGCCCCCAGGACCUCCCGGGCCCCCUGGGAUGCCAGGAAACCAUGGAAACAAUGGAAAUAAUGGAGCAACUGGCCAGGAAGGAGCCAAAGGUGAGAAAGGAGACAAAGGAGAUAUGGGACCGAGGGGAGAGCGUGGCCAUCAUGGACCCAAAGGCGAGAAGGGUUACCCUGGGAUUCCCCCGGAGCUACAGGUCGCAUUCAUGGCUUCCAUGGCUACUCACUUCAGCAACCAAAACAGUGGAAUCAUCUUCAGUAGUGUUGAAACCAACGUUGGGAAUUUUUUUGAUGUCAUGACGGGGAGAUUUGGUGCUCCAGUGAAUGGGGUGUAUUUCUUCACCUUCAAUAUGAUGAAACAUGAAGAUGUGGAGGAAGUGUACGUGUACCUGAUGCAUAAUGGUAAUACAGUUUUCAGCUUAUAUAGCUAUGAAUCAAAAGGGAAAGCAGACACUUCAGGAAACAGUGCAGUGCUAAAACUUGCCAAGGGAGAUGAAGUUUGGCUGCGAAUGGGAAAUGGAGCCCUCCACGGGGACCAUCAACGCUUCUCUACCUUUGCUGGGUUUCUUCUUUUUGAAACCAAGUAAAAAAAGAAACAACCCAGUAGAUGUUUAUCUGAGGAAACAUCUUUUUUGGAACUGGUAUUUUUCUCUGGACUGUGGAAUAGCAUUACAACACUGAAAGAUCAAGAAGGCUUGUUUUGAUGCAAUGUGUUGCUAUUUGUGUAACAGAGAUGAGCUAAAUACAUUGGAUAGUUGACACACAGAUUCACAGACGAUGUAUUGUCAUCUGGGUUGGAUCUAAUGAAUCAUUAAAUGUUGCUAUUGCUCUCUUCUCCAAAGUGACUGAAAAACAAAGGAAAAGGAGUUUAAAUAAUUUAGAGAGCAGUUUGACAGUAAAGUCAAUUUUGUCUGUAAAUAUACUUUAGUUAAGUAUAUGUCAGGAAUUGAACAAUUGAUUCAUGUUUUUCUGUUCGUUUAUUCAGUUCUUAUUACAUGUUCAUUUACAUUUGCAUCAUGGAAACAGGCCUGAAUGAAUUGUAAGUAGGCUCAGCUGAGAUCAGACUUAAAGGAAGAAGUUUAUACUGGACUAGAAUGAACUUUACAAAUACAGGAAAAAAAUGUGAAAAUAAAGAUGUCGAGGAUUCAGGUUUAUUGCAUUCCCAUCUCAAACCUCUGAAGAUGUAUCUGGUGUCAUUUUUCACAGAUUUUUAGUACAUAUUUAUGCUUACUCUCUCUCUUAAAAAAAGAGUGGUAGUAGUUCUUGCCUUAAUAGCAGCUUGAAGCUAAGGUAAUUUAGCCUACAGUGUGCAGGGGAUCAGACAGGGGAACUGUAAUGUUUCUUCCUAGCCUUCAAAUUCUUAAAACUUGAUGUAACUGAAUGAAAGGUGUCAAAGCAGAGGCAUAUAUGCUGGAGAAGUUGGGAUAUGCCAACAGCACAAACAGAGAAAUGCAUGCUUUGUGGAGUUUGGAGCUCUUCUAGAAGGAUGUACCUUUUAAUAUUGCAUAUUUACUUUACAGUGAACUUGUUGAUACAGUUUUCCUACCAGCCUUCCAAGAAUCAGUAUUUCAGGAAAAGACAUUGCAGCCUGGCAAAGCAGCAGCUAACCCUGUUCAGUAUUUAACUGGUGAAAGCCAACACUGGCUGUCUCAGAAGUUCUGGUCACAGUAAACUGGGCCAUUCUUCAACAUUAGUAUUUGCCACCGGCUUUUUAAAAUUUGGGUACCUGAAAUCCUGUCUUGCUAUUUUCUUUUCAUCACAAUCAGCACCAAACACACUAAGCUAAAAGAGGGUAGAUUUAGAUUAGAUACAAGGAAGAAAUUCUUCACUA